AUGCCCUCAGCCGAAGAGCAGACAACGUCGAAACCCAAUGAGCGAACCCUGCCGCCUGACUCAAACGUGCCUAUUGACGCAAAUUGCAACACUAGCACAGAAAGACCCAGAAAACGAAAGAAGUGCAACUGCGGCAAGGCUGCUAAUGCCAACCUACCUGUCAGCACGUCCUUGCCCGCCGAUCUUAAGAACCCCCCUGUUACCCCUCCACAGCAAAUCGAGGGCAUACAGGCCACCCGCAGAACCCCGCUGGGCACCUUGAAUCAGCAGACGAUGAACAAACCCCAAGCGUUAGACCCUACCAAAUGCCCCCCAGGGUCAGAGUAUCCCUUCGAGGACGACUAUCCAUCAGAACCAAAACAUUCAGAAACUGAAUCGGAGCCGUGGAUAUACAACUGGGAUCCUGCGCAGCAGUCAUCUGUGUCUGAUGCUGAGCCAACCGCUGAGCUCCACGACAACAGGAACAAACCAACUAAUAUCGCAGCACAAUCUAAUACCGAUUCAUAA